AGUAGAAGGAGCUACGGAACAGGUAUAGAAAGAAACGCACGGGCGCACAAAAUCGAUUAUUCCCUGGACUGGGCUAGACUGGGCUGAAUCCUAAUUUUGGUAGCCUCCUCCCUCCUCUCUUCGAUCCCCGCCAAAACUUAUCAAAAACACAUGCAUCACCAAAAACUAUUCCCACUAUAUUUGAUUCACCAUUGUAGGAUAAUAUCCAUCUGCCGAGACCUUAUUCUGCAGUAAAUAACUAAAAUCCUAUUACUAUUUUUUAUUUCGGCCUAACCUUUUCGACCUCGCCUUGACCUUGUUAUCCUCCUCCCUCGCGUCAUGCAGUUGCCAUAGCUCUCUUGUCUCCCCAAACUACGAGCAGCACACGGUCUCGCGGGGGUUUGUCAACGUCACGCUUCGCGAUUCUUACCAGUAACCUCACCUAAACAGUUCGAAUUUAUUAGAAUUAAGAAACCCUCUCGGCGGGCGCACAUACCUUUCACAUCAUGUCUUCCUCGUCCGGCACUCCGGAGUCCUGGAUCUCCUCCUUCUGCUCUCUCCUAGGUCAUGAGUACUUCGCCGAGGUGUCUGAAGAGUUCAUCGAGGAUGAUUUCAACUUAACUGGCCUACAAACCCAAGUCGCAAUGUACAAGGAGGCAUUGGAGAUGAUACUUGAUGUUGAACCUGAAGACGAAGAUGAAGAGGACGAGGAAGAGGAGGAUGAAGAAGACGAAUCAAUCGAAGGCGUCGACCGUGUGCGACAUGGUGAACGACGUAACCACAGCCGAAUAGCCAGCGACCUUUCCGUUAUAGAAUCAUCAGCCGAAAUGCUCUACGGUCUCAUUCACCAACGUUUCAUCUGCUCCCGAGCCGGCAUCCAACAAAUGUCGGAAAAGUAUGAGCUAGGUCACUUUGGUGUUUGCCCUCGAAGCCAUUGCGAGCAAUCGAGAACUCUCCCUGUGGGCCUCUCCGACAUACCAGGCGAAGAGACGGUGAAGCUCUUCUGCCCCUCCUGCCUCGACGUUUACGUACCCCCUAAUAGCCGAUUCCAAACCGUCGAUGGCGCAUUUUUUGGUCGGACAUUCGGAGCACUUUUCCUCCUAACAUUCCCCGAAUACGACCUCACUAAGAGGGGUUCCGACGUACUAGCGAAUGCGCGCGUGAGUGACGAUGAUAAGGAGAUGCUCAAUGGCAUGUACACGUGCAACAUUGCACCUGGAUUGGGCAAGAACAAAAUUUACGAGCCGCGUAUUUACGGCUUCCGUGUCUCUGAGGUGGCACGAUCAGGUCCGCGGAUGCAGUGGUUACGAGAUAAACCGGAGGAUGUCACAGACUUAGAUGAAGCACGUAUCUACGCGGAAAAUAACCCGGAUAGCGACGAUGACGAUGAUAGCAUGAAUCUAAAUGGGCGGCCUGUACGGAGAUUGCGACCACGAAGGCGACAUGGCCAAGGAGGAAGCCCUAUGGCGGUGGAGGCGAAUGGCGCGGAAUCGGAGCUUUAGGGGAGUCAAAAGUCAAGCAGCAGUGACUCCAACAGUGGAGGCGCCCGCGUUGGCUCUUUGGGAUGCUCUAUUUCCCAACCAGAAUAGGGGAUAAAUCAGCCGCAGUACUUCCCGGAUGUUUCGUUAAGUCGAGAAAGUUGCCGCCUUCGGAAUUUCUGUACUCUACUCUUUACGGGCUCGUCUUACGUUUGAUGGGACGAAACGUUAGACGACUUAGAAUAAUAAGUUCGCGAUACCACACAGGAAAAAGGAAUGAAUGAACCCUUAUACUUCUUUUUUUACCUUUGCAUGGCCGGCGUUGGUAAACACAUUUUUUGAUGUUCCUUUCCAGGCCGGCUUUUCUUCUUUACAGCCUGGUUAGCAUUUGGGGGAAAAGAGGACAAUAAGGCCGGACGGAAGCAUACGAAGGCGGUUUCUUGUGGAUAUGAUGUAACUUGAGCCAACUGACCUUUUUUCUUUUUCAAUUCGCACCUGGCAUACAAUGGCAGUCAAGAGCUCUUAAUAGAUUGUUGCCAACCGUUAAAUACUCUUUGCGCGCUCGUCGCGGUAGGACCGUGAGGCUAUUGCUCAUUCAAGUCCCAUUGCGGUCGCCGAGUAUUAUUAAAAAAAAAAAAAAAAAAAAAAA